ACUACUUAGCUGGCUCUUAGUUGGCACGGUUCGGUCGUGUUGAAAGAGAGCGCAGGCGAGAUUUUUUGCGCUGCGCUCUUCCAAUCGAUACACCCGUUCGCCGCUCGCUUCCCCCCGAAUCGACUUUCCCCAGUCUGUGUUGGCAGAGCGGCAGCCUUGGUGUGGUCAGUGUCCUGAUUCCACUGCGGCACAAUAUUCAUCUUGCAGCAACACACCGCAGCGCACCGUACACACAGUACUACACGGUUGUUUGUCCUCCUAACACAGAGUGUGUGUGAGUGUGUGUGGGUCAGCGUGUGACCACUGUGUGUCUGUGUGUGUUUGCGUUGCUAUGCGGUGUGGCGUGUCAUUCGGCAGUGGCAAAGUCACCGGGUUUGAUUGCGUUCGAUAGAACAACUAAUCGUCGAAGUAUCGGGAUCUAGCAGGCUUUGCUACUGCUGUUUGUCAUUUCCCAGUCAGAUGGAGGCCGAAAUCAGUGAAUCUAUUCUGCUGCUGUGGUUAAUAAUGAACUAAAAGUUGUGUCCCUCGUAAAAGCGGUUAAUUGUGUUUGUUGCACAAACAGCAACUUCCCCCCAGGACCGUAUAAAGUUUUAUGAGCCCUUGUGGUGUUUACGUUGCUCAACAGGAGAAGUUUCUCUCGUUUUAAGCUAGUGAAAGAAGCUAAUCCAGAACACUCAAAAUGUCUACCGUCGACAAGGAAGAGCUAGUGCAGAAGGCAAAACUAGCCGAACAAUCUGAACGAUACGAUGAUAUGGCACAGGCAAUGAAAUCAGUAACAGAAACCGGAGUGGAACUGUCAAACGAGGAAAGGAACCUACUGUCCGUCGCUUACAAGAACGUCGUCGGUGCCCGAAGAUCAUCAUGGCGAGUGAUAUCGUCGAUUGAACAGAAAACGGAAUCCUCUGCCCGCAAACAGCAACUGGCACGAGAGUACCGGGAACGAGUUGAGAAGGAACUGAGGGAAAUCUGCUACGAAGUGCUGGGUCUGCUGGACAAAUUCUUAAUUCCCAAAGCCAGUAAUCCAGAGAGCAAGGUGUUUUACCUCAAAAUGAAGGGAGACUACUACAGAUACCUAGCUGAAGUAGCCACCGGCGAAACCCGCCACACCGUAGUUGACGAUUCCCAAGCCGCGUACCAGGAUGCCUUUGAAAUUAGUAAAGGCAAAAUGCAGCCAACACAUCCUAUCCGAUUGGGUCUUGCGCUCAAUUUCUCCGUCUUCUAUUACGAGAUCCUAAACUCGCCCGACAAAGCCUGCCAGCUGGCUAAACAGGCAUUCGAUGACGCGAUUGCUGAGCUGGACACGCUGAACGAGGACUCCUAUAAAGACUCGACACUCAUCAUGCAGCUGCUGCGAGACAACCUGACGCUGUGGACGUCCGAUACCCAGGGUGACGGUGACGAACCACAGGAGGGUGGCGAUAAUUAACCAAACUAAAAUUAAAGCGAAACAAAAAACCACACACACACGCAUACACACUACCAACAACAACAACAAAACAACCAACAUAGACACGCAGACACGAAACACGCCACACACACACACAUUACACGGUACACAUUACACUACAGACACAAACACACACACUUAAAGCAUAAUAGAAAUUCCUUUUGACUAUUGAUUAAUACGAGACAGCGGAAGGGAACCGCUACCAUCACCACAGUUGGUGUUGUGCGAAGAAGAUGAAGCGAGCGCAGAUAAAAAAAAAGAGUAGCUUCCGCAAAACAUAGCAAAAUAUCGUGCAAGAAGAGCAGCAGGCACCACCGCGUCAGUGUCUCAGUAACAGCAAGUCAGCAAGUCAGCAGGUCAGCAGCAGCAGCAGCAACAGCCAAACGAUGAUGGUAUGAAUGUUGGACUGGAAAGUAGCAAAGGACACACAACACAACACAUCAGUCAUCGAUCGAGGCAGAGAUAGAGAGUAACGAAAGCAGGCAAGCCUUUUCCCGUUUGUGCUCCGUGGCCGAACGGAGACGUACAUUAGUUCGGUUUCUUGCGAACGAGAGUGAAUUCACUCUCGGGUUAGCACAGCACUCAGCGUCAGCAGGUCCGGAAACGGAAGAAGUAGUAGGCAUAAAGUAGAGCAGCCAGCCAGACAGACGGCCGCGCGGAUACUCUCGUCGCUUGUGAUGUGUACGUCGUCAUCCUUGUGUCAUCGCGCAGGAACUAUGUGGGUGUGUGUGUGUGCGUGUGUGGAUGUGUGUGUUAUGUCAAAGAAGAAGGAACGCCCGAGGAACUGGCAUAAUUUUGUUGCUUUUUAACGAGCACGAAAUAAAGGAUUGGUGUAACAAUAACAACAAACCAUAGCAAGUAACAAGGUGAGAAAAAGGGCACGAAAUGAAGAAAGCAGAGCUGUUGCCUUAGCGCUCAUUCUGCUCGAACGCAUUAUGUGCUUACUAACAACCCACACACACACUCGAAACGGCAGCGAGAAAGAAAUGAUUAGAGUCUUUUUUUUAAAAGCACUGUACUACUUCCGUAGUGCAACGGGAAGCGGGCAAAAAUAUACACGCACUCACACACUCACACACACACGCAUACAUAUUAUCAGAAAUUGGAUGCUUUUCUGAAAUCUGGUAAGAGAGAGAGAGAGAGAGAGAGAGAGAGAAAAGAAAACAACAUCUCUAUCAAAAGCAUAACGGGGGCCAAUGAUGACGAACAAUAUGCCAAGCAAACCAAUCGAAGGCUAAACAGAACAAAGGAAAGAAGAGAGAAAAGAGGCAUUAACGUACAGAGGAAAAGAAGGUAAAAGUCUAAACUGAAACGAUGAGUGGCAAACAAACAAAACAAACAACUCAAAAACUA